ACAUGUGUUUCUAAUGGUGUUUACCUGCGACACUUGGUUUUUGUAACACGAUCCCGAGAGCAAUUAUUAACGCAACGUUAGCAACAGUAGGAUUAAAACGACCUUGGUGUGAAAAUCACUAAGUAAAAGGUGGUUGUAUCAAUAUGUCUAAUUGCGAGAUUGCAGUUGGUUCGACGCUAAUAAAGUAAAGAGCUUGUUGUCAUCCCGUCUGAAGAUUUACUCCAAUGGUACUUCCAGCAAUCUGGUCGAAUUGCACUCUACAACAGUAAAAUGUCUUCUAAGAUUGUUCAAGAUGCAGUUCAUGGUGUAAUAGAGCUGGAGUCACUAGCUGUUCAGUUGAUCGAUUCUCCUGAAUUCCAGCGUCUUCGAGAAAUAAAGCAAUUAGGUAUUGCUUAUUUUGUUUUUCCAAGUUGUCAACAUUCGCGAUUUGAACAUUCGAUUGGUACUUAUCAUAUGGCCAAAAAGCUGCUUGAGACUAUCCACAAUGAUAAAAAUUACUCGGGUCCAGCUUUGAGCUCCUCAGAACAGUUAGCCAUUAGAAUCGCUGCCUUGUGCCAUGAUUUAGGUCAUGGACCUUUUUCUCAUUUAUGGGAAGAGUUCGUCAAAAGGGGCGGGUCAGAAUAUAGUGAAUAUAACCAUGAAACAAUUAGUGGGCAUGUACUUUAUCAAAUUAUUUGUUCAAAACCUACCCUACAAAGUGAAUUAAAUAAUCUUGGCGUUGAUAUGAAUCUCAUACGCAGUCUGAUACUAGGUGAUACUAAUACUGUAUUAUCACAACAGGAUUCAUUGAAGAAUAAAUCAUUUAUUUAUGAGAUUCUCUCCAAUAGUUUAAAUGGUAUGGAUGUUGACAAAUGGGAUUAUCUACUCCGAGAUUGUCUGCAUUCUGGUUUGGGAGCUAGUGGGACUAGUGUGGAUAUUGAUAGAUUUUUAAGAUUUUACCGACCAUUUCUACAUACUGAUAAAGACAAAGGUGACGAGAAUGAAUCAAAAUGUUGGCAUUUAUCAUUUAGAGAUACAGAAUUGGAAAAUUUGCUUCGAACAUUCAGUUUACGACAGCAUCUUCAUCAAAAAGUUUAUCAACAUAAAACAGUGACAGCUAUUUCUGCUAUGAUUAUUGAUGCUCUUGAAUUAAUAGAACCUGUACUUAAUCUUCGAUCCAUUAGCAUGAACGCAUUAAAAUAUCAGAAUCCAGAUAGUUUGAAUGAUUUUCUUAAACUCCAUGAUUCACUUUUGUGGGAUGUUUUUUAUGGACGAGGAUCAUUAUCAAGAGUUACUUCGGAAAAUUUCCUUCCUCGAAUUCAACAGGCACAGUCUCUAAUACGUCGUAUUUUAAAUCGAGAUCUGUAUACCUAUAUUGAUAGUGUAUAUGAAAUGACAUACUAUGCACCAAUUGGUGAAAAUAACAGUCACCCACAUUCUUUCAAUCCCAAAAAGUUCCCUAAUUUAAUCAAUGAAGUAGCAACUGAAUCAUUAACAUUACGAUCGAUGGGGUUAGGACUAGGUCCCAGAAAAAGUCUAUGCUAUGAACCAAUUUCACCUCAUUACAGGACAUUCGGGGUGACGUCAAAUAAUAAAGUUUUGAAAAGUCAAAGUUGUGAAUUUUUGUUUCGGUCUGAAACGUCAUCAACCUCAUGAAACGACAAGCACCAUCUUACUAGUUUCGUAUUAAUAAAACGAGAAAACAUUCCAAAGAAUCCAUUCUUACUGAAAUAUUCAGAAGACUUCCUCAGGACUCUGGGAUCCGAGAUAUAGAUGAUCUAUUGGUAACAGAAUCUAGGUUCUCUUCAAACAGUACUCUCAAAUCUCCCAGAUUUUACUUUUAUACACGUUCAGGGAAUACUUUUACCUACAGCGAACCGUUACGUGUUAUACGAGCAUACC